AUGAUCGGUUUGGAGAGAGUGGACGACAAGGCGUUUGUGAAGCUUAAAAAUGUAGUUGAAUUGGACUUAAGUCUAAAUAACCUGAAAUACAUUCCCACCCAUUCAUUCACACCGAUGGCUAAAUUACGGACAUUAGACCUCUCAUCAAACCUGAUCCCAUCGGUUCCCAAGCAUUCAUUUUAUAAUCUCUCAGAUUUAAAGACAUUAUCACUGGAGAGAAACCGCAUCACAUUUAUCGACGACAAUGCAUUUGAGGGCCUCUUACGACUGGAAUCACUUAAACUGAGCCAAAAUGAAUUAACAUAUAUGGAGAGCAAAGUUCUGAUGCCAUUAUCACUGAUCCAUUCAUUGACAUUAAGUGAGAACAAUUGGAAGUGUGAUUGUUCUCUGCGAUCGCUUCGCAAAUAUCUGUUGGCCAACACUCGGGUCAGUGUUAUAGACGAACCCAAGUGUACGGAAAGCUAUAAAGUGUGGACCCAAUUGGGUGAGCACUCUGGGAAUGAGAAGGCAGUCGAGGGCUCGACCUUAAGACUUGAUUGCAGUACUGUUUUGACUGAAGAUGAGGACUCUCUGCCCCUAACUAUCCAAUGGUAUUGGAGAAACAUUCACAUCACUAAUAAUAGCAGAGGUUGUGAUUAUGAUUGUCGUACUGUUAAAAAUCAAAAGUUAAAAACAUCGCGACUCGAGUUAUCAUCCGUCCUAUCAUUCAAUUCUGGACGAUAUGUAUGUGUCGUCAAAAACAAUGCGGGAAGAGUUGAGAAGUUUUUUGACGUUUCUGUGUCCGCACCCAACUCUCAAAGCAAAGUAACGGCAGCCGCGGCUUCUUCUGAAUCUCAUUUCGUUAACGACAGUCAAACCAACAGUUAUGAAGAGAGCGGAACCGAUAAAGUGGUGAUCGUAUUGUUUGGAAUCUCUGUUGUGUUGUUGUGUCGAAGGCGUCGACAAAAGCAUUCAAAUCAUACCAACAAUUGUCAGACAGACGGCACGGAACUCGAAAAAUUGACUCCAAAUACAGAACCGUCUCUUCGGGUGAAUCCGAUUCAAAAACCUCCGAGACUUGCGAUGAAUAACUAUAGUUUAGAUAAAGAGAUACCACAGGUUUGGCUCAUAAAACACAACAUUAACGGCAACUCAAACGUCUCUCACCAUCAAAAUUAUGCAGAAAGUGAUUAUUCAACGCAACUGUUAUAUAAUGAAAAUUAUAGCGACACUUACGACACGAUUAUCGAACCAGAUUUAGUUCAUCCGUCGGCUUAUGUAAGGGAACGACACAUUCAAGUGACAGAUUUGGAUGCAGUGAGCGCUCAGUCGGACGGCACUGAAGUUUAAUUUAUUAAAUUGUUUUGUUAGCAAAAUUACAUUAAUCAAAAUAUUCAUGUAUGAAAUUACUUUUCAUGUAUCAUCAUCUCUACCUCUGUCUCCAUAUUUAUGAUUUUAUCAUUAUUUCCGAUUAUUGGAUAAGUUUUAAAAACUUACAGUAUUUGUUAUACAGUACUAUAUUAUUAUUAUUAUCUAUUAUUUUAAGUCAUAUUUUAUUACUUAAACAAUAAUUGUUUACAAAUAAUUUGCUAUUUCGAUACUAUAACAAGGAUUUUGGAUCAAAUCAUUAAACGCCAGAGAAAAUACAAAUUCAAAGUAUAAAAGUAUAAAAAAUGUUUGUAAUAUUAUAACAAUGUUGUAAAAGUAUUGCC